AUGACGGUGUGUUGCUCGUCUGAGUUCAGUAAUUUAAAUAGAAAUAUCUGUUUAUCAACAUGGGAUUUCCAAGGAAUCUAUAGACAUAAAGUUUCUCAAGAUAUAGAUUAUGAUGGUAAACGAAUCAGCUGGCAUAACGAUUAUGAAUCACUACAGAAAUUUAUCGAAUGUGUAUUUGCACAACAAGGCAAAUGGAAAUCGGCCGGAGGAACUUCAAAAAAGUUUGUAAGUUCUAUUGCUGAUUUAUCUUGCACAUGGUAUCCUGGUAAAUUAAACUCCUUGUUAUUCCAUGGCAAAACUGGGGACUUAGUAAACGAUAUUCUGGUCACGGUAUGUAAGUCAACAUCGUUUAAUACUUUUGAAAACAGCGUGAAAGUGUGUGUUCAAAAUAUCCCUGUGCUUAAUAGUCGGGACACUGAUGGCAUGACUAAUUCAUCACAAACACAGACCUCGAACGUUUCGUGUAGCGCAGUUAAAGAUAUGUGCAAACAGCCGAGUCCGUUGUGUGUUGACUUGUUAUCUGAUUUUGAAAACAUGAAAAUCAAUUUCGAAAUUAUAUUAACCAGAGUGGAUGCUCUACAAUCGCUGGCAAAUACGCAAGCCAUAUGUUUUAAUAAUGACAACAUUGUGCAUCUUGAAUCUGUGCUCGAUGGGGAGGGAACUUAA